AUUUCCCAAGCGGAGUUUCCACGACAGCUGGAAGCCGAGCGGCACAAGCGCAUCGCUUCUCGGCAAGAAUUUUUUGAAAUAACAAGACUCCUGCUCGUCUCAGCACCUCCAGAUAAACCCCGGUCUGGCAUGGGCGACAAGAGGAGUCCGACAAGGCCGAAGCGUCAACCGAAGCCCUCCUCCGACGAGGGGUUUUGGGACUGCAGCGUGUGCACGUACAAGAACACGGCAGAGGCUUUUAAGUGCAUGAUGUGUGAUGUCAGGAAGGGGACAUCAACAAGGAAGCCACGUCCUGUCUCCCAGCUCGUCUCCCAGCAGCAGGUAACGCAGCAGUUUGUUUUGCCCUCGCAGCCCAAAAAAGAAAAGAAGGAGAGAGUAGAGAAGGAGAAGAGCGACAGAGAGCCACCGCUUAAGAAAAACAACCACAAGAAGAUGAGGCCGAGACUAAAAAACAUCGACCGAAGCAGCGCCCAGCACUUGGAGGUGACGGUUGGGGACCUGACAGUCAUCAUAACAGACUUUAAGGAGAAGGCCAAGCCCUCGGCCGCCUCGGCCACUUCCUCCAGCUCUGCAGCGUUGGCCGACCCCCACAGCCAGAAUGGCUCCAGCUCAGAAAACACAGAGAAGGGCCUUUCCUGCUCUUCUUCACCCAGAGGAGAGGGGAGCUCGGUCAACGGAGAGUCUCACUGAGUCAGAACCUUGAACACCCCCCCUCCCCCUCCCCAAGUUCCCAUCAACAUCUCAUCUGCAAGUCCACAGGUCACUAGAGGAGUAUCACAAUGAUGACAAACUGUUUUUUUUUUCCCUUUGCUUAUUUCCUUUCAAAUAUUUUGUUUUCAGUAGGAAUUUUUGACAAGUUGCAAGGACAUCAAAUUUGGCAAGUUUGAUCAGUUUGAUCAGAUUUUCUACACAGUGGAAUUGUGCAUUUAGAAAGCAAUAUGAAGUUUGCGCUAUCUUUUUUUGUAAAUUGGACAUUUUUUUUGUUUGCGUGUGUGUGUAGUCAAAAGUAUGCCACACACUGUCCAAAGCUUGCUGCUGGAAUAUUUACUCAAAGACUGAUGAGGAACUUCUUCUGACCAGAGAAACAAGGUUUGGGACAGAGUGCUGGAUCCUCAUGCUUUAGGUUUCCUUCACACGCACCUAGCCUCCAUGAUUAUUCUUUUUUUCCCUACAUAAUUUCUUCUUCAAAGAAAUGUGCAUCCUUACCCUUGCUGUCAUCAGCAGCAGCAGCAGCUGCCAGCAGAGUGACCUUUUCUUCCCCCAUGUGGAAUAUUCUGCCUCUGCCCGAAAUCAUUACCUACCUGUUAUAAACCUGAACCAUCGGUUUUCACGGUGUCCCCACACUGAACCUUCAGCCUGAUCUUGACACUCUCGAGCUUCUCCUCCUGGACUGCCUCUGCUGUAGUGACUUUUUUUUUUUAAACACAGCACAGUGGCUGUACUCCCUCUGCCACCUUUUGGUGUUUUUGCAUAAUGAUUGAAGCCGGCUGGUUAGUGAAAGUAUGUUAUAUCCCCUGACAGGAAGGCAGAGUAUAAAGGAAAAUUCUCGUGUCAGAGUCAGCUAUAGAAGGGUGACAAAUGAAAGGAAAAAUCUGAACCUUUGACCCCCUGCAGUGAAGAUAAUGGUGGCUCUGUUAAGGAAAAGAGUCUAUUUGGCUGGCAUAGUUUGAGUCCGAUUGUCCGAUUACAGGGAAAACCAGUACAAAGUUGUCACCUUUAUCAUGUGUUGAAAUAUUUCUGUGAUGGGAGUGGUCUCUUCCAGGAUGGGUGUCUCCAUCAUAUAAAUGAUCAGAAUCCGAUUUUAUGACCUUCACAAUCACCGCAUCUGAAACUUAUUGAAUAUAUAAAAGAUAUUCUAUCACCAGCUUCAAAUGACCAAAGUAGGUGAUACCUUUAAGAAGAGUAUAAACUGAAGAGCAAAGACUGAGACAGUUUAUGAUGUUUUUUCCUUUAAUCUGUCACCCUUCUGGACCUUUCGAGUGCAUUCAGCUGCUUUACUAUCCUUGCUGUCAUUCAUUUUGGGCAAUAGCUACCACAAACCUGAGUUUGUAUUAAGUGAUUUUUUUUUUAAACAUAUAAACACACUACUUAAGUAUUUUAGUACACAUAUUUGCAGCCUUUUAUUCUACAUUACCUUGCGAAGCUCUGUGUAGGAAUGCCAACUUCCAUCAUGACUUGAUCAGACAUUCAGCAGUCUUUAAAUGCCAGCUUCCUAGUGCAAAGUCCAUGUAAUUUAUCAGUGCCCCCAUGUAACAAUAGCACAGGUCAUUUUCUGGUGAAUUCACAGCAAACCAGUGGGUGUCAUGUGUCCUGCCCAGGAAGCAGCCUCAUGUUCAUGUGAACGUGGCCUUUUGUGGAAAACUGACUACAAAUAUUUGUCAGUUCUGCAGCAACACAUAGCUUUUGUUGUUGUUGUUUUCUGCCCUUGACAUAAACCAUCCCUAGACUGAUCACCCAUCUUCAUGGUGAUAGGUACUAGCAGACCAUAUCUGGGCUAAAAGAUGGAUAAAAAUUGGACUUGUGUUGCUCAGAUUCACUGAUCUAAGAGAGGCCUGUGCCGCGUGAUAUAUGUCUGCUAGAUAAAUAAACUGACAGAGUUAAAAUCAAUAGAAUCUUAGCGCUGUGAUUCAUUGAGUUGAUCUCUUUAUGCCCUCUAGCUAUAAAAAAAAAUCACUUAAUGCAACUUGAGGAAUUAUGCAGACAUGUUACAGAUUAAAGUUGGUGUGACUCUGCUCAUUUUUUUUAUCUGUCACUUUGUAGCUCCAUAAAGUAAACAAACCCUGUCACGUGUCACUCAUUUCCUUUAGGAUGACGCUGACAUGAACCCACAGACUGAUAUAUACUCAGCAUGCUGCCUUACAGAUACACAUAAUUAGUUUGAAGCUUUUAUUUGCUGUGCUUUUAUUUUCUUGGAAAAUCAAUUCCAAUCCAGGUUUAUCAUGUGUCACUGAGAUAUUGUCAACUAAACAUAGUAGGUGGUAAAGCUGUAAGUGCCACCUGUAUUCUCCUGUUAAUCUUGGCUUCAGCUUCUCCUUCACCUCCACAGUUUAAGACUGAAGAUCUUCAGGAGGACCCUGCUGUUGAACACUAUUGAGUAGAUGUGUAUGAGUCUCAGGAAGCGCAGUUUGCUCACUCACGUGCUGUUCAGCCUCCCAGUGAGAACCAGAGGGUGCUGAUAUUGCUCUGCAGCCACCCUUUGGAUUCAGCUUUGUGCUUGUACAAUGGGGAAAUGAGUUGUGGACUUGCACUUUUAUGAGCUGGAUGAGCGAUGUCUUGCAGUGUGAUGGACUUAUUUACUGACGUAGCAAAAAAGAAAAAAAGAAACUAGGCAGAGCUUUAGAGUAUUCAAAACUCCCAGCAGAACAACUAUAGAUCAACCUAACUACACAAUAACUUAUAAAACAUGUAGAAUAAUUAAACAGAUGAAAUAGAUAUUUCUAAAAUAUUGUACUACAAUGUUUUGAUGUGGUUGUAUUAUCCAUCAUACCAGUGUUAUUGUUGAGAUUUUUACUCACUAUUUUAGAACUCAUCCUGAGAACUGUCAUGGCAUGAUGAUACUAAGGUCUUGCUAUAUUGUGGGAAAGGUUACGUCUCUUAGUUUCUUAGUAUUUGUUUCAAUGUGUCAGAGGCGUCUUUCUCUUAGGUUCACUACUCUAGCUGGGACUAGGUGUGUGAACCUGAGGAGAACUGCUCAGACGAACAUUUGCUCUUUAUGGCAAAAAUGGAACACUUUAAAUGUGUUAGUGUCACUUAUUGAUAUAGGUUUUGUUUGUUUUGUUUUUUUUUUUCCAUGCUCAUUUGUUUUAAAAUGUGUGAACUUGUUUAUUACAUGUCUGAAUAAGAAACUUACAAA